AUACCAAAAUUGAAAAAUACAAAUUUAAUUACUUACCCAAAUUAAAAUGUCCAGUGACGCGAUUUCCAAUGUGGAAGUGCAAGCAACAAAUGUUGUCAUUGUCAAACCAGAAGCAGAUCAAGCAGGUGGAAGCCAUGACCUGAUCAAUGUGGAGGACGAAGCAAGUGGAAGCCAUGACCAACCCAUUGAGGAGACCAAGAAGCUGAGCAUCGUAAUCCAUGGAAAACCAACAACCAGCAAGAUUUUGCGGGAGAGGUUGGACUCCCUGAACCAGCCAGCUGAAAAACCUGUCAAAUCGCUGAUACAUAAGGUUCCAUCCAUGCUGAGGGAGAACAAGGAAUUCGAGAAGCACUAUGAGCCAAGGGUGGUUGCAAUCGGUCCUAUUCAUCAUGGCCGUCUCAAUUUCGACUAUGCUGAGACGAUGAAGCAUAAGCUAGCAGGCCAGUUCAUGGAAGAACGUGGGAUAGAUCCAAAAGCUCUUUAUAACAAGAUUAUGAAGAAUUUAAAGAUAUUGAAAUCGUGUUAUGAGGAAGAUGUGAUAAAGUGCUACAGUGAUGAUGAACUCGCCUGGAUGUUUCUUGUGGAUGGAUGUGGAAUGUUGCAUUUCAUUCAUUGUAUUGUGAAGGAUGAUGGGAAGUUGCAGAAAUUGAAUAUCAAGAAAGACCAGGUGGCUUUUGCUCAACGUGACAUGUUCUUGCUUGAGAAUCAACUUCCCUUCGAAAUCCUGGAGCUAUUGAUGAACUCGGUCGUCCAGAAUACAGAGAAGGAUGGCAUCAGAGAAGCAAUCAGUGAAUUCGUUUGUAACAUUUGUGAUAGCCUUAUAACCACAGAACAUUCAGCAACAGGAAAAUCUGGAAAGAAGCAGCAAUCCUGCCAUCUUCUGGAGCUUCUGCGGGAAGAACUGAUCGCCAAUUUCGCCAAAACCGGGGAAAAAACUGAAAGGAACAAAAAUGGGGAACCGCACUCGUUUCGCAAUGUCAAGGAGCUUAUCGCAUCAGGAAUCCUGCUGAAGCCAACUGGUGAACGUUCCUUAAAUAUUUUUUUCGAACGAUCUUUCUUAAGUAGAGGAAUCUUAAGGCUUCCUUCCCUGAUAGUAGACGACACAACAGCACCAAAGUUAAAGAACAUAAUAGCAUUGGAAAUGUGUCCACAUUUUCUUAAUGAUUUUCAGGUCACCUCCUACAUAUGCUUCCUGGACUCGCUUAUUGAUCAUCCUGAAGAUGUCCAGGAGCUUAGAAAGGCGAAAAUUCUCACAAAUUGUCUUGGCAGUGAUGAAGAAGUAGCUAAACUCUUCAACGAGAUAGGCACAGACUUAGUUCCAAACCCUGAUCUAUAUGCCAAAGUGAAAGCUGAUAUCCAUGAACACUACAAGAAUCGAUGCAAACCCUAUUUAGCUGAGGCCUAUCACACCUAUUUCAGUAGUCCCUGGACUUUCCUUGCUUUUCUUGGUGCCUUGCUUGCACUUCUUUUCAGUGCUGUUCAAGCUUAUUUCUCGUUUCCCUCUGAAAAAAGUUAAUGAAAGGUGCUUAGGAUCCUGGUAAUUAUGUAUCA